CCAAUAUGGCGCAGUUCGUAGUGAGUUUUAAGCGGCAGCGUAGAACCUGUUCUGGUUCUCUGGGAAUAUUUUGGUUAGGCAUAGCUCUACUUUGUAGCCUGUCCGUGUGUCUUGCUGCGACAGAAGACGAAAAUGCUUGCAAAAUCUGCUCCUGCUAUAAGACACAAGUGAAUUGCAUUGGGAAAAAUCUGUCAUCUGUUCCAUCAGGGAUACCACAGGGCACAACCGGGCUAAAACUCGGACAAAAUAGAUUGACGAACAUACAGAAGGACGACUUCAAGAACCUCACCAAACUUCGGUACUUGCACUUGGAUGACAAUCAGAUAUCUUAUAUACAAGGUGCAUCGUUCCUAACUCUUAACAACCUUCAAACCUUGUAA